UUUUAAUUGUAAAUUUGUUUCUCUCUUGAAUUAAUUGUUUUUUUGUCUUCUAACGAUAUUUAAUUUUGUUCUCUUUUAAAUUGUUUGCUUUUCUUUGUUCAACAGUUUAAAGGUAAUUUUGUUUUAAUUCUUAGAUGACGGACAUUGUGGAUGAUACAGUUAAGGGUGAGGAUGGAGGUGAUAAAAAGGAAAACACAAUUGAUUCUAAAUCAGAUCAAGAAUUCAUCUUUAUUCACGACACGUGUUUCAAUGUUACAAUUUCAUCGCCCGGCAAGAAAUCUUUCGAUAUUCAGGUUAGUCCAAUGGAAAUGGUUCAAGAGAUUCAUCAUCUUCUGAUGGAUAGAGAGGAUACAUGCCAUCGGACAUGUUUUUCGUUGCAAUUAGAGGGCAAUACAUUAGAUAAUUUUGCAGAAUUGAAAAAUGUUGAUGGUUUAAAGGAAGGAUCUGUCCUUGAGGUGGUUAAACAGCCAUACACCGUUCGUGAGGCACGAAUUCACAUAAGACACAUUCGAGAUCUUCUUAAAUCUCUUGAUACUGCAGAUGCCUACAAUGGUCUAGAUUGUAAUUCUCUGUCUUUCCUUAAUAUUAUAGCUCAAGGAGAUAUAUUCGAGAAGAAAAAAGGUGCUAGGCCUGAUUCUGUCGAUUGUACUCCCCCUGAUUAUAUAUUACCGGGUAGUAAAGACCGGCCCUUGUUGGCCCUUCAACCUCAGGCAAAGGAGCAAAAAGGUCCUCAAGCACUAAAGGUUAUGACCACAAGUGGAUGGAAUCCACCACCAGGAUGGAGAAAACUUCAAGGAGAUAUUCUUUAUCUUUACGUAGUCACCCUUGAAGAUAAACGUUACCAUAUAACCGCAUCAACUCAUGGAUUUUUUGUUAACCAAUCAAAUGAGGAAAUUUUCAAUCCACAGCCCGUUUCACCAAAAGUUAUCUAUCAUUCAUUAAUAGAUUUAUUAGAUCAUCUUAGUCCACUAUUCAAGAAAAAUUUCAUCCAAAUACAAAAAAAGAAACAUCAAAAACAUUUAUUUGAACGGGUAGCAACUCCAUACCAAAUGUAUACCUGGACAGCUCCGUUCUUAGAGCAUACCGUUGACUAUAUUAGAGCUGAAGAUGCAUUUUCAUCUAAACUUGGAUAUGAGGAGCACAUACCUGGACAAACACGAGAUUGGAAUGAAGAAUUACAAACAACAAGAGAACUUGCCAGAAAAACACUGCCCGAAAGAUUAUUACGUGAACGAGCCAUAUUUAAAGUUCACAGUGAUUUUGUUGCCGCUGCUACUCGAGGUGCCAUGGCAGUAAUUGAUGGUAAUGUGAUGGCAAUAAAUCCUGGUGAAGAUCCAAAGAUGCAAAUGUUUAUCUGGAAUAAUAUUUUCUUCUCACUUGGUUUUGAUGUUCGUGAUCAUUAUAAGGAGCUUGGCGGUGAUGCGGCUGCUUAUGUUGCUCCAAAUAAUGAUCUGCAAGGAGUUAAGGCUUACAGUGCGGUUGAUAUUGAAGGUUUACACACCUUAGGUACCGUUGUGAUAGAUUAUAGAGGCCAUAGAGUUACUGCUCAAAGUAUAAUACCUGGAAUUUUGGAGAGAGAACAAGAGCAAUCGGUUGUUUAUGGUUCCGUCGAUUUUGGUAAAACCGUUGUUACCCAUCCCAAAUAUUUAGAAUUACUAGGAAAGGCUGGACAGGUACUCAAAAUUGUACCACACAAAGUAUUGAAUGAAAAAGAAGAAGAAAUCGAAAUUUGUUCCUCGGUUGAAUGUAAGGGAAUCAUUGGUAAUGAUGGUCGACAUUACAUUCUAGAUCUUCUUAGAACUUUUCCACCUGAUGUUAACUUUUCUCCAAUGCCAUUGGAUGAAUAUAGUGAGGAAGUUAAAAGUAUGGGAUAUCCUCGAAUUCAUCGACAUAAAUUGUGUUGCCUGAGGCAAGAGUUGGUUGAUGCUUUUGUUGAGGCAAAAUACAUGAUGUUUAUUAAACUGGCGGCUUAUCAUCUUCAACAAUCAGGACUUAAAAAGUUAAAGGAAAAUGUAACAACUACGAACACAAAUGGUGAUUUAACUGAUCACUCAAUUGAUAAUAAUAAUGAUGACGAGAGUGUUAAUCACUUGAAAACAAUUGAAGGCAAAGGUGAAUCAAUUGAAUUACUGAAUGGUGAAGCUCAUGUUGAAUCAGAUGAGAAUAAUAAGAAAAAUUCUGAUUCUAUUAGUUCCAAUGAAGCAAAAGUUAACGAUUGUAAAAAAUUGGAUAUUUUUGAUAAAAGUGAUGCUCUUCCGUCAUCACAGGUCAACAAUAAUUCUCCAUGUGACCAUGAUAAUCACUCUCUUCCGUCCACUUUGAGUGAGCGUGAGAACAAUAAUUCAACAACUUCCGGUGCCAAUAAAGACGCUGAUCAAAAACAACUACCCGAAGAAAAUAACAACAACAACAAGACUGAAUCAACGAUAACAACAACAGCAAAUAAUGAAGAAGUAACCAAAAUUUUGGAAAAUAUUACAUCGGGUGGUGAAAAGAAUGGUGAAGAAACUACUCACGAAAUUGUUCGUAAAGCGGCUAAAGCUGUUAAAUCUUUGAAAGAAAAUGAAUUCGAUAUCAGAUUCAAUCCGGAUGUUUAUUCAUCGACAGUAAGACAUGCCAACGAAUCAAGUGAUGAAUUAAAGAAUCAAAGGCAACUAGUCAAAGAUGCUGCCGAGUUUUUGCUCACUGUUCAGAUCUCAACUUUCAUUCGAGAUUGCUUGGAAAACACAACUGCGCCAUUUGAUGGAGUUACGCUCGCUGAAGCUUUACACGCAAGGGGAAUCAACAUUAGAUAUUUAGGAACCAUAUGCAAGAAAUUAGAGAAAUAUAAUCAACUCAAGUAUCUCCAGAGUAUCGUUGUGACUGAUCUGCUGUGUAGAUCAGCUAAGCAUAUUUACACCAGUUACCUUCAGGAAGUUGAAACUUUGAGUGCAGCCUCUGCCAUAAGUCAUUUCUUAAAUUGUCUUCUCUCAUCAUGCCAAUCAUAUUCAAUAAAAGAGGACAAACCUGCCAAAAGAAAGGGAAAGAAAAAAGGUAAUGGUCGACAUCAUUCACUUCUCAACCAGUAUUCAAAUGAAUGGUCAACACUUUCACCUAAAUCACUAUUUGAAAGUUUACUAAAUGAACUUGAAACAUAUUAUGGCUGGGAAACUGAUGCCAAUUCAAUAGAUCAAUUAGUCAACAUGUACAAUUUACAGAAGAUUUCAAUUUUACGAUCGUUUUGCAUGAAAACUGGAAUACAAAUUCUUAUCCGUGAAUAUAACAUGGACUCUCGAAGUAAAACAUUUAACGAAGAUGAUAUUCUAAAUGUUUUCCCGGUGGUUAAACAUAUUAAUCCUCGUGCAAGUGAUGCAUACAAUUUUUACACCACCGGUCAAACCAAAAUUCAACAAGGUUACCUUAAAGAGGGCUAUGAGCUGAUCAGUGAGGCUUUAAACCUAUUGAAUAACGUUUAUGGUGCUAUGCAUCCGGAAAUUGCACAAUGUCUUCGUAUGUUGGCUCGAUUAAAUUACAUCAUGGGCGAUCACAGUGAAGCAAUGGCUUGUCAACAAAAGGCUGUAUUAAUGAGCGAAAAAGUUAAUGGAAUUGAUCAUCCGUCGACAAUUACUGAAUAUUCUAACUUAGCUCUUUAUUGUUUUGCCAACUCUCAAGUUACAAUUGCUCUUAAGCUUUUGUAUCGAGCUCGUUACCUUUGUCUUCUUGUCUGUGGAGAGGAUCAUCCAGAAAUAGCCAUUUUAGAUAGCAAUAUUGGACUAAUAUUACAUUCAGUGGGAGAAUAUGAAUUGUCGCUACGAUUCUUAACUAAUGCAUUGGAUCUAAAUAUCCGAUUCUCUGGUAAAAAGAGUUUAAAAGUUGCUUUGAGUUAUCAUCUUGUGGCUCGAACUCAAUCAUGUAUUGGUGAUUUCAGAGGAGCUCUUUCAAAUGAGAGAGAAACUUGGGCAAUUUAUAAACUUCAAUUGGGCGAUAGUCAUGAGAAAACCAAGGAAAGUUCAGAGUGUCUUCGACAUUUAACUCAACAAGCAGUUUUAUGGCAAAAGAGGAUGAAUGAAAUUUACAAGGGCGAUUCUCCUCCCAUGAUACCUCCCAUUCAGAUUCAACCUCCAUUCAUUAGCUCAGUCUUAGAGACUCUUAACAUUAUCAACGGGAUCAUCAUAUUUGGAACUGUUAAACCACAAACUUCAUAUUUUGACCAGGAAACUGAUUAAUUUGAAAAACUUAAGACAACGAAAUUGACGAACUGAAAGUGAAAAACAAAUUAAAAAAAAACAACCGUAGCAAGAGAUUAAUCAAUUAAUAAUAUAAUCAACCAACAAGAACCAGUUCAAAACUUUUUUGCUCACCAAACGUGCUCCUAGUUAAUUUAAUAAAUAUUUGUAUCUAGUUGAAUUUAGUGAUUGUUAAAUAAAAUUAGUAUUUUGUUCAUUAA